GAUCGGCGUGUAGGAGAGAGCUGCUCUCCUUGAAGGUCGUCCGUUGGGUGGGAGCUCCAAGGCACAGUCGCAGCCAUGCGUGAGAUCGUGCAUAUCCAAGCCGGCCAAUGCGGGAACCAGAUUGGAGCCAAGUUCUGGGAGGUUAUCAGCGAUGAGCACGGCAUCGACCACACCGGCAGCUACCACGGAGACAGUGACCUGCAGCUGGAGAGGAUCAGUGUCUACUACAAUGAAGCAGCUGGAAAUAAGUAUGUUCCCCGGGCAAUCCUCGUUGACUUGGAGCCGGGCACAAUGGAUUCCGUCAGGUCUGGCCCUUUCGGCCAGAUCUUUAGACCUGAUAACUUUGUCUUUGGCCAGAGUGGCGCUGGGAACAACUGGGCCAAGGGCCACUACACAGAGGGAGCUGAGCUAGUGGAUUCGGUGCUGGAUGUAGUAAGGAAGGAGUCUGAAAGCUGCGAUUGCUUGCAGGGCUUCCAACUCACCCACUCGCUGGGUGGGGGCACUGGGUCUGGCAUGGGAACCCUUCUCAUCAGCAAGAUUAGGGAGGAGUACCCCGAUAGGAUCAUGAACACCUUCAGUGUAAUGCCAUCUCCAAAAGUGUCAGACACCGUGGUUGAGCCAUACAACGCCACCCUCUCUGUCCACCAGUUGGUAGAGAACACGGAUGAAACCUACUGUAUUGACAAUGAAGCGCUGUAUGACAUCUGCUUCCGCACAUUGAAACUCACAACUCCAACUUACGGCGAUCUCAACCACUUGGUGUCUGCCACCAUGAGUGGAGUAACCACCUGCCUCCGGUUCCCCGGCCAACUGAACGCAGAUCUUCGUAAGCUGGCGGUCAACAUGGUGCCUUUCCCUCGUCUUCACUUCUUCAUGCCCGGCUUUGCUCCCCUGACGAGUCGCGGCAGCCAACAGUAUCGUGCCCUGACGGUCCCAGAGCUGACGCAGCAGAUGUUUGAUUCCAAAAACAUGAUGGCGGCCUGUGACCCCCGCCACGGCCGAUACCUGACGGUGGCAGCCAUCUUCCGGGGCAGAAUGUCCAUGAAGGAGGUGGAUGAGCAGAUGCUAAAUGUCCAGAACAAGAACAGCAGCUACUUUGUGGAGUGGAUCCCCAACAAUGUGAAGACGGCCGUUUGCGACAUUCCUCCCCGAGGCCUGAAGAUGUCUGCCACUUUCAUCGGCAACAGCACCGCAAUCCAGGAGCUCUUCAAGAGGAUCUCAGAGCAGUUCACAGCCAUGUUCCGGCGGAAGGCUUUCUUGCACUGGUACACUGGCGAAGGCAUGGAUGAGAUGGAGUUCACGGAAGCCGAGAGCAACAUGAAUGACCUGGUCUCUGAGUACCAGCAAUAUCAAGAUGCUACUGCAGAUGAGCAAGGAGAGUUUGAGGAGGAAGGAGAGGAGGAUGAAGCUUAGAGGUUGAGUAGGGUUAGUCCAUAGGCAAGUGUCCAAGGUGAGGGCUGUUCAGCUGUAUGAGUGCAUGCUUUUCCAGUUAUUCUUGGUGCUUUUUUCCCAGUGUUGCCUGUCAGCAGUUUUUGGACCCUGCUCUAUUAUUGUAAUAUUUAUGCACUGGCAAGAUGACUUAAUUAGGGAGAUACAAAUCGUAUUAAAUUUUGAAGUUGAACUCUUCAUCAACAAUGCUGGUAGUAGGACCAGCUCCACACUAUAUAUUAAAAUCUUAAGAAUAAACUUGAUUCAUGAUUCAUGCAACUAUAGAUUCUGCACCCUUAAUUGGUAUUUAAGAUAAUUCUCAAGGAAAAUUCCUGCAGGCAUUAAAAAUUUAUUAAAGAGAGAUGUUAUAAUACUUUAUCUAAAUCAAGAAAGAGAUUUAUGGAGUGCUUUGCAAACAAAGCUGCUCUAGAUUGAUUUUUUUUUA